AUGACUCCGGAGCAGAUUUGCACUGGAAUCAAUGUCAGCGAGUCUGAAGCUGCAUUACAAUUGGUCAUUCAUUUGGACGAAGAAGCCUUGGAGAGCGCCACGGCUCGAGUCCCUUUGGAGGAGGUCUUUGCAGCGGACAUUUCGGCAGACACGCUGAGUGUAUUCCUGCGUGGAGACAGUUUCAGCAUUUGCGCUGGGCGCCUCACUGGCAAAAUUGUGCCGGAGCGGUCGACAUGGCAAAUCGCCAAUGUUCGCCGGAGAAAUUUGCCAGAGGGUUGCAACGUCAAGUCGCCGGCCUUCUACAAUCCGGCGCUACGGAUCACUCUAGCAAAGGCCAGGGAAAGCUACGGCAAUUGGGAUGAAGUCUUCCAGGACUAUCGAUGUUGUCCUUUCGGACUACCUCGAGAUCGUAUUGACUGGGACGAAAGAGUCCGAAGGUGCUAUGUGCUCUCCCCUAGCUGUCCGAACAACAGGGUCGGCAAAGCUCAGCGAGCGCAAGACCUGGUCAAAAAGGUGGAGACGAGCCAGGAUUUGCUCCUAAAUCGAGUCAUUCUGCUCUUCCACUUGGAGGACAAGCUGCUGCAGCUUUGCCUCACUCACAGGCUUUAUUUGCACGAUCUCUUCUCAAUGAGGGUAGGUGCGCGUGACGUACAAGUGAACUUUGUGGCCGACAGCGAGUAUCCGAUGUGCUUCGGAGGUCUGGGUGGCUGCUGCGUUCCAGAGGCUUCAACGUGGGAGAUCUUUGUGGAUGAGGGCAGUGGACAGGAGAAGGACACUCCGCAUCCUGUCCUGAAGCUGGGGCUCGCAAAAGCUGAUAAUUCCAGAGGUCGAUGGCAAGAGGUCUUCACCAAAUGGCAGCCGUGGCAAUCUGCAAAAGCCAUGGUGGAGGCACAAGCACUCGAAGGUGCCAGCUCACUGGCCGUGGAGGACAAAGCAGGCGCCUGCAUUGGCUGGACUGAGUUUGUGCUGUCCGAAGAAAGCAAGGAGCAGGAUCUGAGACUGGCUGUCUCAGCCUUGGACUUUGAUGGCACAAAGAGGCGUCUUUGCUUGAAGAGGUCGUUCCUUCAGGACUUCCUUGCUCUGUGCCUAUGCUCACAGUAUGCGCACCACAGACUUGAGUGCGAACUGAUCCACUUCCUUUCACGGUGCUGCGAGGUGCUGGGUAGCGUACUCAAUGCAGUCUUGAGAGGCUACCAUGUCAUGCAACUGCUGCUCAGCCACGGAGACCGCUCGAUCUCCGAGCCUUUUCUUGCACUUGUGGAUAGCAAGAACAGCCUGCAGGAGACAGCUUACUCGCAUGAGGAGCAGCUUCUUCUGGCUGAGGCGUUGCUCCAGGAGACAUGCCAUGAUGAAGUGUUCUCCAACCAGCGCAAUCGGCGGACUGACAUUGUGUCAACAGACUUUAUGACCCUGCUUUCUGCGCAGGUUGAUUCCUUGGUGCUGCAAUCUGCAGCCCUCACUGAUGUAUGUUCUGAUGAAGUUCGCAGGCCAACAUCUGCCGAAAGUACAACAACAUCUCCGGCCCCUUCACCAGGUGCUCUUAGUUUCAGCACGUCUCCGAGGAGCCCGUCUCCAGCCUCUGCGCCCCUGUGGUCUAUAAAGAGGCCAGAGACUCAUAAGCUUGGGUCACACUACACACAGUUUGGGCCACCUCCACGAAGCCAGAGGAGGUCACCCACGCGUCCCCAAAGCCCUUCCAUGGCAACCUACGAGCGCAACGUGGAAUUUAUCAAACAAAAGCAAGCCCGAUUGGAAACCGCUCAAAAGGAAAAGGACAAUCAGGAAAAGCUGGCGCUGGUCCCGCCCAACAUAACUGCAGAGUCAAGGAAGCUGGUGGCAGAAGGCUACUACCCACCUUGGAGCCGGAAAGGGAGCAUCACCCGGUCAGUCAUCCGCAAUCGCAAGGUCAUCGAGGAUGUCAAUGCCAAAAAGUCGGCUGAAGACGCGGAGCACACGUUCCAGCCGACAAUCAACAAACGCAGCCAGGCCAUCUUCAGACACGUGCUCGAUGCUGGAGAGCCGUGGCAUGACCGAGUUCAUCAGCGGCCCAAGACUCGCGGCGUGCAGAAAGAGGAGCACUCUUUUCGCCCGCAGAUUUCCCGAAAAGCGCAGCUGCUCCAGCGUGAGGGCGACAUUACAGAGCGCUUGUAUAGGCGUGAAGCCAAGGCACCAGAGACGCAGGAGCCAUCAAACAAGUCCGAGAUGCGGGCAAUGCAGCGGCGGAUGUUGGCAAAAGAACUCGAGAAGAUCGAGAGCUUGCAGGUAAAGGAAGAGGACGAGGUUGCCGUCUUGGAGGAGUUGGUCAGGAAGUUUACUUCUCCCGGCCAGCAUGGCGUGUCCAAGCUUGCAGCGGCCCUGCUGAGACGCAAGGCUGAGGGCAGAGGUGCUGUUGAGGCUGAGCAGCCUUGA